GCCAGCCCAACCGGAAGGAGGAGGAGGAAUCAUUCUUUCAGUAGCAGCAGAUCUCCGCUUUUUCCCCCGAGAGGAGGAGGAGAAGAAACGUCACGGAACAGACCGCGAGCGAACUGAACAGAGAAAACCACCACGUGACGAGAGAAGCGGCCCGUUAACCGAAACCCGAAAAAACCCUUCCGCCAUCAUUCCCCAACCGAGGAUUUCGACGAGCGAGCGAGCGAGCGAGAGACUUAACCGCCGCCCGAAGGGAUGAGCAUCGAGCCAUUCAACAGGCUGGUGAAGCUCGUGGCGAGGGCGUUCUACGACGAUUUCACCACCAAGGGGGAGAACCAGCCGAAGUCGGGGCGCAGCGACAACCGCGGCAUCGUGGUCGUGGUGCUCGAUGCUCUCACGAGACGACAAUGGGUUAGAGAGGAGGAUUUGGCGAAGUCUUUAAGUUUGCAUUCCAAGCAACUAAGACGGACGCUUCGAUUCUUGGAAGAAGAAAAGCUAGUUACGCGAGAUCAUAGAAGAGAGACAGCUAAGGGUGCAAAGAUAUAUAGUGCUGCAGUAGCUGCCACAGGCGAUGGUUCGGCUAAGGACGGAGAGGAGAAGAUUAAGCUUCACACACACUCAUACUGCUGUCUAGAUUAUGCACAGAUUCAUGAUGUUGUUAGAUACAGACUGCAUCGAUUGAAGAAGAAGUUAAAGGAUGAGCUAGAGAACAAGAACACAGUUCAGGAGUAUAUAUGCCCUAAUUGUAGCAGAAGGUACACAGCAUUGGAUGCACUGCGUUUGGUAUCCAUGGAGGAUGAAUACUUCCAUUGUGAAAGUUGCAAUGGGGAGCUUGUGGCAGAGAGUGACAAGCUAGCUGCCCAAGAAGCUGGGGAUGGGGAUGAUAAUGCUAGAAGGCGUAGGCGUGAAAAAUUAAAGGACACACUUCAGAAAAUGGAGGUACAGUUGAAGCCACUGAUGGAUCAACUUAGCAGAGUCAAAGAUCUGUCAACUCCAGAAUUUGGAAGUCUUCUAGCAUGGGAAGCUCGUGCACAUGCUGCUGGUCGCGGAGGAAGUGGUGAUGGUGGUGCUAAUGAUGGCUCUAAAUCCUCCCAAGGAUAUGGUGGAACACCAAUGCCAUUUCUUGGUGACACAAAGGUUGAAGUUUCCUUUGCUGGUCUUGAGGGGAAGGAAGAGGAUGUCAAAUCUGAAGCAGCAACUAGUACACCUCUGAAAGUUUUACCACCAUGGAUGAUUAAGCAAGGAAUGAACCUUACAAAAGAACAGCGUGGAGAGGUUGGGGAGGAAUCAAAGAUGGAGGGUACUUCAACAUCCUCUCAGUUGUCGGAUGACAAGAAAUCGACUGUCCAGAGUGAUGAUAAGAAGAGCAUACAGGAUGAGUAUAUAAAAGCAUACUACGCUGCUCUUCUCAAGAAACAGCAGGAACUGGAAGAAUCUGCAAAGAAGCAAGAGCAACUAUCUGAUUCCAAUAUUGCCAAUGGUCAUUCUGAUACAUCUUCCUCCCGUCAAGUGGGCAUGAAGUCUAAACGCGAUCCCGAGGAGGAUGUUUGGGAAGAGGCUCAAUAUGCAGGAAAUACAAGUGAGAGCUAUAGGGUUGGUGACUUGAAUGUUCAAGCGGAUGAGUCGGGUGAGGACGAUGAUGACGUGGACUGGGAGGAAGGUUGAGAAGGGCGUCCCUCCUUUUCUCAGCUAGCGAACUUCCCUUCCUGUCGUCUGCUGAAGCUCUAAAAACUCAAGGUGGCGUGAUUCCAUGGGGUGUUGUACUCUUGUAGCCCACAUUAUUUUUCUGAAGAUCCGACAAGAUUCGUUUGGUGGAAGAUGUUAUAAGAGUCAUUGCAUUCAUUGUUCUGCUCAGGAGCCUCGAAUCGUGCUCUCGACUCGCGGCAUGAAGAACAUACAUUACAUCGUGUCAUUUUUUACCGACAACAGGAGAAAUGUAUGACCUUGACAUGGAUUCCCUGUUCUGAGCGCAUCGAGCUCUCGACACACCCGGAUUUUGGAAGUGUAAGACUAUUUAAGACUAAACAGAUAGAGAGAAUGAAGCCAUUUAUGAUUGACCUGUGCAUGAA